AUGGGUCCUCCACCGUCUGCUACUGACUUCCCUUCUUUUCACGAUGUCGAUCCCUUCCCCGAUACCUUCAGGUGUGUCUAUUAUUUGGUCAACAAAUCCCGAGGCUGUGGGAAUAAGAUUGACAAAAGGCUGCGGAUCACCACAUCAGGCAUCAAAAGGGAAAUUGAAAUAGAAACGUCCGUCGAGAAGCGUUCUGCCUUACUUCUGGAGUUCAUCUCAAACUGCUGCUGCAAGCGUGAUCACCGGCAGGAGGUUACUGGCACCUUACUCGCAGAGAGCCUUCGUCAAAGAUGGGAGGCCGAGCUACCCUCUCUUCCAGAGUCGACGGAGUCUGGUGUAAGUUCAGCGCCGGAGUCACAGACCAACACCAUACCAACGUCAUUUGAGAGUCAUACCAAGUCUUCCUCUGCUGUCGUGGAUCGCCCAAGGGUUACUUCAAGGCCUCAUCUAAGGUCUGAUGGUCCAGUGACUGAGGCGACCCAAGCCGACACGGGAGAAGGGCGCUCGAAGACAACUUUCGUACCCUUUAUAAAGAAACCAGGCGAUACAUUAGCUGGAAAUCUCUGCGAACCACUCGGUGCAAAACAAGAUCUCAAGCCCGGAAGUAUAUAUAUAUUCUCAAAAGAAGCCAGCUUCGAGAUGGUCAAGAUCGGACACUCAAUCAAUCUGAAGGACCGCAUGAGGUCCAUCAGGGGGAAGUGUGGGUACACCCCUGAUUUGAAAUAUUGGGUCAACAAUGUGCCACACGCGUCGCGAGCUGAGCGGCUUGUCCAUUACGAGCUUCUGUACUGCUGGCACAUAGAACGUGGCUGCAUGUGUGGCGUGACUAGGCAUAUGGAGUGGUUCAAGUGCAGCGUUGAGACUGCCAUCCGCAUCAUGAAGAAUUUUUCCAGAUGGAUGGAAGAAGCCGAGCCAUACGACAUGAGUGCAGGGGGGACUCUGAAGCCAGAGUGGAGCAGUUUCAUCCAGAUGCUGGAGAGGGAGGGACGACAAAUCACCUCUCAGCUUCUUCUGGAUGAGAUGGAACGUCGUCGAAGCCAGGCUAGAGCCUCAAUCAUGCCAGAAGUCAACGUUCCAGUUGUGCCACUUCCGUCCACAUCUGUGCCACCCCAGCCUCGACCUGAGCCGCAAGCAAGAUCCACAGCUCCCUUGCUGUCUCCGGACGCAGAGAAUAUGGUCAUGGCGGCGGUUCAAGAGGUCUUGUCGUCGAAUACCCUGCAGGGUACUGCCAUGUCACUGGCCUCCUUGAUCCAAAGGCGCCUUCGUGCACUCGAAAGCACAACCUGUGCAACUGGACUUGGUCCGCUUUCGGUGUCACGGGGACUUUCCGUUGCUUCAGCAAUCAAAGUUUGA